AUGAAUCGAAAGAAACUAUUUGACGAAGAUAGUAAUUAUAUAGUCGAAGAUCAUAUCCGUUCGUUUGCCAAGGCCUUAGCUUGGGAAGAGCAAUAUGAAAAUAUCGAGAAUGAAAAGUCUGCAACUCCAUCUGAUAAAGAAUUUCAAGAUAGUACCACUAUACAGAGAGAUACAGAAGAAAUAGAUGAGGUAGGAGCAGAUAUGCUUUCGAGUACAUUGAAAGGUACACAUAGGCCGGACUUGAUUUCUUCCAAGAGCGAUUGGUGGCCAAUUAAUACUAGCAAAUCUAUACCAAAGACAAAGAUAAGGAACAAGAGUAAAAAAAAGUCUAAUGGGAGUGAAGGUCACUCCAAAAUAACGAACGAAUUUCGGUCGAGUGCAUCAUAUACGAUGCUUAGAUGGCCUAUUCUUAUAUUUAUUCUGUCAUGGAUUUCGUUAUUAUGCUUUAUGUAUGUUAUCGUAAGAGCGUACGUUGCGCUACUGGAAUACUUCUUGACAUGGGUGGGUAAACGUAAAGACUUGAGAGACAAACUAAGAGCCUCAAAGAGCUACGAUGAGUGGGUUCAAAAUGCAUUGGAAUUAGAUAGAUUUUUGAAUCUUGACAAGUGGUCUGAAAAUCCUAAAUUCUCUUACUAUGAUUAUAAAACCGUCGAACUCACCAUAUCCAAACUAGCAUCUUUAAGAGAAGAGGGGCGUGAUAAUGAUUUAAUGGUGAUAUUGCAAGGAUGUAUUAAAAAGAACUUCGCUGGCAUUGAAAACAGACAGUUGUAUUCACAUAGAUACUAUGGGACAAAACAUUUGGUAGAAAAGUACAUUGAUGAAGUCAUUGUAUGUAUUGAUAAGGUAAUAGUGUCCGAGAAUAUCAGUUUUAGUGACAAGCGGAAGUUUUUUAGAACUGUACUGAAGAACUAUGGUAAAACAGCGUUGUGUUUAAGUGGAGGUGCUUGUUUCACAUAUACUCAUUUUGGGAUCGUAAAAGCACUUCUUGAUAAUGAUUUGUUGCCUUCAAUAAUUUCAGGUACAUCUGGUGGAGGUUUGAUAGCAGCAUUAUCGUGCACAAGGACUGAUGAUGAAUUGAAGAAAUUACUAGUACCCGAAUUGGCCAGAAAAAUUACGGCUUGUGAAGAUCCUUGGUAUGUGUGGAUUCCUAGAUGGUGGAAGACGGGUGCUAGAUUUGAUUCUCUUGCUUGGGCAAGAAAGGCAAAUUUCUUCACUAGGGGCUCUACAACAUUCUAUGAAUCUUUUAAAAGAACGGGAAGAAGACUUAAUAUCUCUACGGUGCCUUCAAAUCCUCAUUCUCCAGUGAUUUUAUGUAACAAUAUCACAUCUCCAAAUUGUAUAAUUUGGUCGUCGCUUUUAGCAUCAUCCGCUGUUCCAGGAAUUUUGAACCCAGUUGUCCUUUUGAUGAAAGAUUUGAAAACUGAUCGUGUUGUUCCAUUUUCGUUAGGAAGCAAAUGGAGAGAUGGAUCAUUACGUACAGAUAUUCCAAUUGAUGCUUUAAAUACAUACUAUAAUGUCAACUUUUCUAUUGUGUCACAGGUUAAUCCACAUAUUCUGUUGUUCUUUUUUGCACCUAAAGGAACAGUGGGAAGACCAGUAGCAAUACCACGUCGUAAGACACAUAAGGAAAAAUAUGCAUCAUUACGUGGUGGGUUUAUUGCGACAGCCUUAGAACAAUUAUUCAAGUUGGAAAUAACCAAAUGGUUGCAGAUGGUUAAAAGCCUUGAUUUAUUGCCUCACUUGUUAGAACAAGAUUGGCUGAAUAUUUGGUUACAGAGGUUUUCUGGUUCUAUUACAAUUUGGCCAAGAAACAGAUUGAAAGAUUUUUGGUACAUAUUAAGUGACCCAACUGAAGAGAGAUUGGCCGAAAUGCUUUCGAAAGGGGAAAGAGCGAUGUACCCAAGGAUAUUAUUUGUUAAACAUAGACUAAGCAUAGAGAAAGCUAUAGAGAAAGGGAGAAAGCUAACAAAGUUAUCAGCUAACUUCAAUACCAUGACAUCGUCUGUUAGUCCCGAAACAGAAUUAUCUCCAACACUGGCUGAGGUUCAAGCUGCCACUUUCGAUGAUGAUGAAUAUGAAAGUGAUUCAAGUGAUGAUGAGAUCUUGAGCUUUGAAAAGGAGAAGCAUAUUGCCAAUACGCAAGACUGUGACGGUGAGAACGAAGAAGACAAUGCUGAUGAAUAUUAUGAUGAUGAUGACUACGGAAUAUCCACGGGAGAUGAGGCCAAUGACGAAAAUACUGGAAACACUCUGGAAGAGCAAGAAAGUACAAGUUCACAUUUCAUAAAAUCUUUAUUAAGACCUAGUUCACGAGACAGUAAAUUGCACAGACGGAAUACUGUUUUCUGA